AUAUAUUAUAUAGAAUGCGAUUUUGGUGAACCGACAUUCAACAAAGUCCACAAAGAUGGGAUCAAGUGCUAGGAAAAUGGUGACUUGAAGUCGUAAGAAACUGAUAUCGAGGGUUUAUAGGAACUUGAACCCAGUUUUCUAAUUGCUGGCUUCUGGGACUUGUGUUUACUGUGUCUUUAAAAACAUGGGACCACUUGAUCAUCUUUAUCUCUAAAGCUAUUUCAAGGAGUAAAAGAUCAUUGACAGAAAAAGAAAAUUUCUUGGAGAUCAUUGACAGAAAAAGAAAUUUUCUUGGAUAAACACACAUAUACAUGUGCUUUUAUAUGUCUCUGAAAUAUGAAGAUUUUUAGUUGGGUUCAAAGAAAGCUUAGCGGAAAGAAGCAUGAGCCUACUUCAGAUUCUUCUCAAGAAUCAUUAGGUCCUCCUUUGAGUAAAGAAGUCCAAGGUUUGCCUCAAGACGAAGAAACCUUCUUAGCCAUUGGAACACUUGGAAACAAUCUCUGCCCCAAGGAAGAAGAAGAAACAGAUUCUAGCAAAUUAGAUCUAACUGCGGUUAAUACAGAUGUUACUAUUGGGAAGAAGAAAUCACUUUCUUUUCUUCUCAAGAAGAUGUUUGUUUGCACAAGUGGCUUCAAAACUCCACCUCCUCUUCUUGAUUUGUCUAGAGGAGAUUCAUUGCACAAUACACGAAUGGAAAAGAUGCUUAGGACAAUACUCAACAAGAAGAUACAUCCACAACGUUCAAAUUCUAUUGCAAAGAAGUACUUGGAGAAUCAUCAUAAGAUUGUAGAUGAAGCUCGUUCAAGUGUUGACGCCAACAAAUGGGUCAAGACUGAUUCUGAAUAUAUUGUCUUGGAGAUGUAGAUAUCAACCAAUAAGCUAAAUGGAGAUUGAUAGGCAUGGUCUCAAAUGAGUAAUGGACCUAAUGGUGUAAGUUCAACUGUUGAAGAUAUGAAGAAAAACAUUGGAGGAAGGGUCAUGAAAUAUCUCUGAUAAUCACUGUUUACAGAUGUAUAUUUACUUGUCAAAGUCCAUUUUUCAUUAUAGAUUUGUUUUUUUUUCAGAUUUUAAUGUGGUGAAGAAAAUCUGUUUGCUCAUGUAACUAUAAAUAUUCAUCUUAUCAAAUAAUUUUAUUUGUAUUUAUGCAGUUUAAAAUAAAUGAUGAAUAAUGAAUGACUGAGAUUUCUUGUUUAAUAUACAACUAUGAAACUAGGCCUGGGCAAAUAAACCGAACCGA